AGUCCAGGAAUUCCGCAACAAAUUACUUGAGUGAAUCGACAGUACAAUUUAGUGUUACAAAUCCGUAAUAGAAACAAACAUAGAUCGAAAUAGGUUAAUGCAGAUUACAGUGAUAGUAUUUAAAGACCAAAAUUAAUCGAGAUGGAAAACGCAUAUGCUCCGAUCAGCGAAGCCUGCGUGAAGGCGCUGAGUGAUAAAACCUACGAGAAACGUAAAAUUGCCGCUUCGGAAAUUGAGAAAAUGGUGGCUGAUUUUAAUAUAAAGAAAAAUUUCGGUCAAAUCCGCCGGAUUAUAGACGUACUGAGCAAAGAUUUUGUUACUUCGACCGAUUCUAACAAAAAGAAGGGCGGAUUGAUUGCCCUGGCUGCCACAAGCAUUGCACUGGGCAAGGACACCGAACAGUUCAUCGACGAAAUCGUGAAUCCGAUUCUCAAUUGUCUGAUGGAUAGCGACACACGGGUGCGGUACUUCGCGAGUGAGUCACUCUACAAUGUAGUGAAGGUAUCGAGAGGUUCGAUUAUCCCGAUGUUUCCGAGUUUAUUCACCUCACUGAGCCGUCUUGUGACCGACCCGGAUCAGAGCGUCAAGAACGGCAGUGAGCUGCUGGAUCGGCUACUGAAGGAUAUCGUUAUUGAGUCGUCCAGUUUUUUCGAUUUAGAUGCGUUCAUCCCUUUGGUCCGGGAGCGCAUACUAGCGAAGAAUUCCUUCGCCAGACAGUUUAUAAUUUCCUGGAUUUCCGUUUUGAAUUCUGUGCCGGAAAUAAACAUGGUAGUCUACCUGCCCGAGAUUUUACUGGGACUAUUUCAGAUGCUCGAGGACAACAUGCUGGAAAUACAGCGAAUGUGCGAAACUUUGCUGGCACAGUUUUUAAAGACAAUUCAAGCUGAUCCAACGGCGGCGGAUAUUUCGCAAAUGAUGAACGUGUUGAUCGUCCAGGCACAGUCCAGCAACGCGCUGAUUCAGUUUACCGCCAUUACUUGGAUAAGAGAAUUUGUUCAAUUAGCCGGCGGUGAUAUUAUUGGUUUUUCUUCCGGGAUAUUUACGGCCAUUUUACCAUGCUUAGCUUUCGAGAGCGAUUCCAAGAAACAUAUAAAAGAUUGUGCAACCGCAGUAAAUGUGCACCUGUUAGAAUUGAUGUGCAGCGCUGGGAAUGAUGAGCAAAACAAUCUGAAAAAUCUUGACUUAGAUUCGGUGAUGGAAGUUCUCCGGCAGUAUUUGAUUCACAGUUCGGUGCCAACAAAGAUUGCCGUAUUGAAGUGGGUUCAUCAUCUCUUUACGGAAGUCCAAGAUGAAAUGUCCAGUCAUGCCAACAAUCUUUUUCCGGUAUUGCUCCGGGACUGCCUGUCGGAUAGUUCGGAUGAGGUGGUCCUGCAGGCAAUUGUCGUGCUGGCCGAAAUUGUUAAUUCGGCUACAGCGAAAGGAAGCAACUUUGACCAGCUGCAGUACAAGCAUUUCCUCAUGGAACUGCUAACUCUGUUCAGUGAGAAUAAGCUGUUUUUAGAGAACCGGGGGACUCUCAUCAUACGGCAGCUCUGCCGGCUACUGAACGCCGAGCAAAUUUACCGAACUUUUGCGGAAAUUUUGCAAGAAGAAAACACAAACUUGCGCUUUGCGUCCACCAUGGUGCGGACGUUGAACUUGAUUUUGCUGACGACCUCCGAUCUGUUUGAUUUGCGCAAUACGCUUAGAGACAUCAAAACGGAACGGUCUGCUUCGUUGUUCGAGUGCUUGUAUCGCUGCUGGUCCCAUUGUGCCGUUUCGACCGUGUCGUUGUGCCUUCUGGCCCAGUGCUAUCAGCAUGUUUCGGAAAUCGUUGUUCUGUUUGCUUACAUGGAAAUUACGGUCGAUUUUCUGGUGGAAAUUGAUAAGUUAGUUCAGCUAAUAGAAUCUCCAAUUUUUGCAUCUCUCCGACUCGCAUUAGUGUCCCACGCAAACGAUAACGUAGACGCGCAACAUUUAUCCCGUGCUUUGUAUGGCAUUCUGAUGUUAAUCCCACAGACCGAAGCCUUCAACCUAUUACGGAAUCGGCUUCAGUGUGUCCCAAAUUACUGGGGACAACCAGCGCGGAUAGACUCUAAAUCAUCAAACGAAGCUCAGAGCCCAGUAAACUUCGAGAGGCUGUUCGCACACUUCAAGCGAAUUCAGGACUUGCACCGAUUGCAACGAUUGGAGCAGCGGAAAAAGAAUCAAUUCUAAAGCUAAGGUAUGUCUCAAUUUACCUAAUUGUAACAAUAAAACAUUUAAAUGCAUUCCAAAACAAGCAACUUGUUUU